AUGCUGUCUACGACUACCACGAUCGGUAACUCCCAUGAGCCCGGAGUCGUUAUUCACGGUUUUGAGCCUAGCCAUAAUCUUACAUCAGUCACCAAGUCAAACUCCACCCUCCCCCUCAGCGGGCGACUGAGCUCCGUCUGUAAGACUGAUGACAGCAAGAACUGCGACAUCAUUGCAGAACAAGAAAAGUGCCUGCAACACCCCAUGGCAUGUGCAUCCAAUACCAAUAGGAUUCUAUUCAAAAAUGGCAGCCCCUAUCACUUCCAGAGAAACACUUUGGAGAGAGAGGGUACCAUUGAAACCGACAAGAACGAGAUAGACGAGAGCGCUAUCGAAGGGGACUCCGACCCUGAAAUUUGGGAAGAAUUUGAAGGAGAAGAAGAGAGCGGCCCUUUAUUCCAGCGCGUCAACUCCGAGCCCAACUUCACCUCGCGCAAAUCGCUCCUCACCUCCGCCCUGCACCAGUAUGGCCCCACAUCAGCUCUCCAGAACGCUGCAUCACGCUCCUCGCCUGCUAUCUACCGCUCCUGCGUACGGCUGCCCAUUACUCCAUCUACCGACAGCUCGCCCCAAGAGAACAGUGGCCUCACGAUGAAGCCGACCCAGGCCUCUCGUUCCAAACCCGUUAUCAUGCCCACCUAUCACUUCCAUCGACCUAUGUCGCCCAAGACGACGAGACGCAACAUGUUAAAUUCUGAGCUCACCGGAAGCCUUCGGCAGAACCUUUUGCGGGAGAGGCGGCAGAAGAAUGUUACUACCAUUGCAGUAGCCAAGCGGCAACAGAACGCAGCUAACCCGCCCAUCCUUUACCGGACUAUGACUACGGGUGAUCUCGAGGGCCUUCAAAACAAAACAAACCAACCCAGAACUGGUAGCUUCAAGGAAACCAAUCUCACCGGUCACCACGACAAUUUCGCCUUUGCAUCUUGCAACUACAACAGUUCUGGCUGGUAG